GUUUCUGUUCCAGCUUGUAAUAUGGCGGGAAGCCGGUGAAUGUUCUGGGCACUCGCACCUGUUGACGAGAAGUUUCAGGUGUUAUUUCCAAUGACAUGCUUGUAAUUUGUCAAUGAAUAAAGUACGGUUUUGUGGGUCUGUGUGUCAACAUUUCUCCACAAUGCCUGGCAAAGCGAAACUGGCAUGUCACCAUGGUCCAACCAACACGUUUACUGUGACAACACCUAUCGGCAACAUGGAACUGAUCAGCUGCCCAAAGGGUCUGCAUUUUCUCAAUCAAGGGGACAGCAUCAACGAUGAAAACUUUAAGCCAGACUUAAGUGUGAAAGUGGAGGUGCAAGCCCAGCUGUACCAGGACAACGGGUACACCUACAAGCCAGCCCUGGUGUGUGUCGACUGGUUGACAGCUUACUUCCAUCAGGGAAACAUGGAAAAAGACCCAGUCAUGCCACGGAUAUGUCCAUCGGUUGUCAAAGAAGGGUCAUUUACAGCCAGAGUUUGGAAAACACUUCCAGAGCAAGUUGGAUUUGGACAGACAAUAUCAUAUGGAGAACUAGCCAAGCUUUGUGAAAGCCCUAAAGCCAGCCGAGCAGUGGGUAUGGCAAUGGCAACAAAUGUCAUUCAGCUGAUUAUGCCAUGUCAUCGUGUCAUUAACAGCAAUGGAUGUCUGGGCAAUUAUGCAUGGGGCAAGAAAAACUCAGUCAAAGACUGGCUACUGCGAUAUGAAGGGGCUAUACAUUGAAAGUACAAGUGACAUUCUUCUAUUUCGUCCUGUGCAACUUCAUCAAAGAUCAAUGCAGUGCCCGGAUAUCAUAUCACAGUAACUAUUCAGAAGAUGAUUUAUGCACUUCGGAUACAUAUAUUGUGUUUUGGCUCCUGCUCCCCAAAGACCUUUAAUCCAAAUAAUGAUUAAACAGCAAUUAUAAGGUGUGGUGACAGUCUUUGACUUUGUGUUCAGCGUUCCUGUUUACCGUAAAUACCAGUUUUUUACCGGUAAAAUUAGGCUUGGACCGGUAAUUCAUGGGACUGCCAGUCCCUGUGGACCAGCAAAUAAAGUACCUUAUAAAUCUUUGUUGUUGAACAAAACAUAGGUGGUACAUU